UUUCUUAUCUCAGCGAGGCAGCAUUCAGUACCGGAAUCUCCAAGCUACGUUGAUGAACUGUUUGUUUUGAUUUCCGACCGACCGACUAAAUCGAUAAUCAAUUUCUACGACUGGCCUCUUCAACAGCUGGCCGCCAUGCCUGCCACCCCCGGACGGCGUUCGUCUCGAGCGCAAGACUUUCGUCUCCCAGGCGUAACCAGAGAGGAUUCGGAUGAUGAGCUUGGGACAGAUGAUUUGCCGUGGGAAUGGAUUUAUGACAGGGAAGAGGAUGAAGGAGAAAACGAGGUUAUACCAGCAAGCGGACCGGGAUCGAGGAAACGGAAACGAACAACACAGCCAGAGCGCAAGAUUAUCGGUGCAAAAAUGGGGGACUUUGACUGCUACGUGGGAGACACUCUGCUUCUCAAAGCUGAAGGCUCUAACGAAGCCUGGGUUGGGAUUGUCUCGGAGUUUUUGGUAGAUGAUGGCGAAAAGUCGGCCAAGUUCAUGUGGUUUUCUUCGGAGAAGGAGAUUCGGAAUGGCCCGAAGAAGAGAACGGAUUUUGUUGAGAACGAGCUUUAUAUAACACCGAGCUUCGACUUCAAUGCCCUGACCACUAUCAAUGGCAAGGCCAUAGUCAUGUCCCAAGAAGCCUUCAUGAAACAGUACCCAACCGGCAAAGUCCCACGAAAAUCCAAAGAGUUCGGCAAGGUCUUCAUCUGCCGUCGAGGCUGCAACACACGAACGUGUACCUACACCGACGAAUUCAAAUGGGAAGAUAUCUACAAGGGCAAGGAAGAUCUCGAAUCCCUCCUCGACUUCGUCCUCAAGCGCACCAAAGCCACCCGAAGGAAACGACAACCCAAAGCCGAAUCUCCCGAACGAGAAUACGCCUCCGACGACGACGCUGACGCCGAACCCGCCGCUAAAGUCCCUCGCACCCCUCGAAAACUCAAAGUCCGCAGCAAUGCCGCGACCCCAACCAGCCGACGCAAAGGCACCAAAGCCGCUCUCAGCGUCGCCGUAACGCCCACCUCCCACCGCAAGAUCAUGAUAAAGAGGCACCUCGAAUUCACACCCUUGGCCACCCGCGUGCUCUCCCCCAUGCACAUCCACAACUCCCCCUACCAACUCGCCCGCACCCAACUGCACGUUGCCUCGGUCCCGACCUCCCUCCCCUGCCGCGAAGCCGAGUUCUCGCUCGUGUACUCGCACCUCGAAGCGGCCAUCACUGACGGGAGCGGCACCUGCAUCUACAUCUCCGGCACGCCGGGCACGGGCAAAACCGCCACGGUGCGCGAAGUCGUCUCGCAUCUGGACGCAGCCGUGCGCGCCGACGAGCUGGAUGACUUCAUCUUUGUCGAAAUCAACGGCAUGAAGAUUACCGACCCGCACCAAUCCUACUCUUUACUUUGGGAAGCACUCAAGGGCCAGCGCGUCAGCCCCUCACAAGCGUUGGACCUGCUAGAGCGCGAAUUCAGCCACCCGUCCCCGCGCCGCGUGCCGUGCGUGGUGCUGAUGGACGAGCUGGACCAGCUGGUGACCAAGAACCAAGGGGUGAUGUACAACUUCUUCAACUGGCCCGGGUUGAGACACAGUCGGCUGAUUGUGCUGGCCGUGGCCAACACGAUGGACUUGCCUGAGCGCACGCUGAGUAACAAGAUUAGCAGUCGGUUGGGGCUGACGCGGAUUACGUUUCCCGGGUAUAAUCAUGAGCAGCUGAUGCGGAUCGUGCAAAGCCGGUUGGAGGGCGUGCCGGGGGAUAUUGUGGAUGCAGACGCGGUGCAGUUUGCGGCGCGCAAGGUGGCGGCUGUGAGUGGUGAUGCGAGACGAGCGCUGGAUAUUUGUCGACGGGCGGUGGAGUUGGCGGAGGCGGACGCGAAGGUUGUUGCUGAGGCCGAACCGCCAACGCCAAGCAAAAAGAAGGGUGUUGAAGAUAAAGUGGUCAGUAGGAAGAAGGGGUCGGCCGGUAGAGUCACGAUUGAGACGGUGCGGAGGGCUAUUAACGAGGCUACGAGUAAUCCAUUGCAGCAGUAUCUGAGGGGCCUCCCCUUUGCGUCAAGGUUAUUACUUACGGCGCUGCUGUUGCGUACUCAGCGGACAGGGUUGGCGGAGAGCACGUUUGGAGAUGUGCUGGAGGAGAUGCAACGGAUGAUUAAGCUGGCGACCGGAGGCGAUAGUCGGCCAUUGAAUGCCUUGAUGGCCACGGCUGGAGUGAGCGCGGCAGACUAUGGGGAUGGUAUCAUGGGUAGGGCUAGAUCCAAACCCGAUGUCAGGCAGAUGCGGCCAGGCGGACUCGCCAUCGCAGCGGUCGACCUAACAGGAGCGGGUGUCAUCAACUUGGAGGCUCACAAGGCCGAGCGACCGAGCAAGAUUCGGCUGGCUGUUGGAGAUGAGGAGGUUAGGUUGGCUUUCCGUGAUGAUCCGGAAGUCAAAGCACUGGGUGUGCUUCUUUGA